CUCAAGCUCAAGCUCAGUUGGAAGAGAUAGGAAGAAGAAGUAGUAGAAGGUUGUCUUUUCAACUCCCUGGUUCCUUCUCUGAGAGAAGUUCAAGCAUUAAUGGUUCUUUUAGAGAAGAGAAUGAUGAUGAGAAGGAGUUACAGUGGGCUGCAAUUGAGAGGUUGCCAACUUUCAGAAGGCUAAGAACAUCACUGUUUGAUUAUGAGAGUGGUAAUGGUAAUGGUAAAGGUAAAGGUAAAAGGUUGAUUGAUGUUACUAAAUUUGGAGCAGCAGAGAGGAGAUUGUUCAUUGAGAGUCUUAUCAAACACAUUGAGAAUGAUAAUCUCAAGUUGUUGCAGAAACAGAAAGAGAGAAUUGACAGAGUUGAUGUGAAACUUCCUACAAUUGAAGUGCGUUUUAAUAAUCUUAAUGUGGAAGCUGAAUGUCAAGUUGUUCAAGGAAAGCCUCUACCAACUUUAUGGAAUGCAGCCAAAGCCAGUUUCUCUGGGUUUUCAAGGUUUGCAGGUUUAAAGCAUGAAGAAGCAAAGAUUACAAUCAUUAAAAAUGUUAGUGGCAUCAUCAGACCUUCAAGAAUGACUCUAUUACUUGGACCUCCAGGAUGUGGAAAAACUACUUUCUUUCUUGCACUUUCCGGGAAACUAGACAAAUCUCUCAAGGUUAAUGGAGAAGUCUCAUACAAUGGCUUCAAAUUAGAAGAGUUUGUUCCUGAGAAAACAAGUGCAUAUAUAAGCCAGAAUGACAUGCACAUUCCUGAAAUGACUGUGAGGGAGAUACUAGACUUUUCGGCUCAAUUUCAAGGUGUUGGUAGCCGGGCAGAAAUUAUGAAGGAAGUCAGUAGACGAGAGAAGGAAGCUGGAAUCAUCCCCGAACCGGAGAUUGACACAUAUAUGAAGGCAAUCUCGGUGGAGGGAUUAGAUAGGAGUAUUCAGACAGAUUAUGUGUUAAAGAUCAUGGGAAUGGAUAUCUGUGCAGAUAUAAUGGUAGGCGAUGCAAUGAGGAGAGGCAUCUCGGGUGGUCAGAAAAAAAGACUAACUACCGGAGAGAUGAUAGUAGGGCCGACAAAAGCUCUGUUCAUGGAUGAAAUAUCUACAGGAUUAGAUAGCUCGACAACAUUCCAAAUUGUCACUUGUCUCCAACAGUUGGCUCACAUUACCGAAUCCACCGUCGUGGUUUCGCUUCUCCAGCCAGCACCUGAAACUUAUGAUCUUUUCGAUGACAUUAUAUUAAUGGCCGAGGGGAAGAUUGUAUACCAGGGACCUCGCAGUCAAAUCCUCUUAUUCUUCGAAGAAUGUGGGUUCAAAUGCCCAGAGAGGAAAGGUGCAGCUGAUUUUCUCCAGGAGGUAAUGUCAAGGAAGGAUCAAGAACAGUACUGGUAUCGUGCACAAGAAAACUAUGCUUAUGUUUCAGUAGAUCAAUUCUGCCAACAAUUUAAAGCAUUUCACAUUGGAAUUAAGUUGGAUGAAGAGCUCUUGAAACCAUACGAUAAAUCGCAAUGCCAUAAACAUGCUCUUUCAUUCAGUCAAUAUUCUCUACCGAAAUGGGAACUAUUUCGAGCUUGUAUGGCCAGAGAAUUGCUUCUAAUGAAGAGGAAUUCAUUUGUCUAUGUAUUCAAAACUACUCAGCUCUCGAUUGCGGCUAUGAUUACUAUGACUGUAUAUCUGCGAACUCGUAUGGGAGUUGAUAUUGUUCAUGCUAACUACUACAUGGGUUCUCUGUUUUUUGCGCUUCUGUUACUAAUGGUGAAUGGAUUUCCAGAGCUAGCAAUGACAGUGUCUAGACUUCCAGUUUUCUACAAACAAAGAGACUUCUUUUUCUAUCCAGCAUGGGCAUAUGCAAUCCCAGCUACCAUCUUAAAAAUACCGAUAUCAUUGAUUGAGUCUUUGAUAUGGACAUCACUGACAUACUAUGUCAUCGGCUAUAGUCCCGAAGCUUCAAGGUUCUUUCGGCAAUUUCUCCUCCUAUUUCUUGUUCAUCAAAUGUCUCUAUCCUUAUUCCGAUUUAUAGCAGCAUGUUUCCAAACAACAGUUGCUUCGACAGUUGGUGGUACAUUAUGUUUGCUAGUGAUCUUAAUAUUUGGUGGAUUUAUUCUUCCACGACCAUCCAUACCAAGUUGGUUGAAAUGGGGAUUUUGGGUCUCUCCCUUGACAUAUACCGAAAUAGGAUUGACGGUGAAUGAGUUUCUCGCACCGAGAUGGCAAAAGAUCUCAGGCACAAACACAACGAUCGGUGACGAAGUUCUAACAAGCCGUGGAUUAGACUUCAAGAGCUACUUUUAUUGGAUAUCAAUUGGAGCCUUGUUAGGAUACUCUUUGCUUUUGAAUGUGGGAUUUACUCUAGCAUUAACUUUCAAAAGACCUGUCGGAAUGUCUCGUGCUAUUAUUUCUCGGGAGAAGCUUUCUCAGAUAAGUGGAUUAGAUGGUCUUCAUAAAACUAUAGAGCUGAAGAAUAGCAAGCAAGAGACUAAAAGAAUCGGGAGGAUGGUCUUGCCUUUCCAACCACUAGCAGUAACAUUUCAGGAUGUUCAAUAUUUUGUCGAUGCACCAUUGGAAAUGAGAGAACAAGGAUAUACAGAUAAGAAGCUUCAGUUGUUGCACAAUAUAACUGGAGCAUUUCAGCCUGGCAUUCUUUCGGUGUUGAUGGGUGUCAGUGGAGCAGGUAAAACUACACUUCUGGAUGUUCUUGCUGGAAGGAAAACAGGUGGAGUAAUUGAAGGAGACAUUAGAAUCGGAGGAUAUCCGAAAACACAAGAAACAUUUGCGAGGAUUUCAGGUUACUGUGAACAGACUGACAUUCAUUCUCCUCAAAUUACUGUCGAAGAAUCUGUUAUUUAUUCCGCUUGGCUUCGUCUACCACAUGAAAUUGAUUCAAAGACAAGAUCUGAAUUUGUUAAUGAAGUUCUUGAAACAAUUGAGCUUGAUGGCAUCAAAGACGCGCUAGUUGGAAUAGCUGGGGUUAAUGGCCUCUCUACCGAGCAAAGAAAGCGACUAACAAUUGCUGUCGAGCUAGUUGCUAAUCCUUCCAUUAUAUUUAUGGACGAACCGACUUCAGGCCUUGAUGCUAGAGCAGCUGCAAUCGUCAUGCGUGCUGUGAAAAAUGUAGCUGAAACUGGAAGAACAGUUGUUUGUACCAUUCAUCAGCCAAGCAUUGAUAUAUUUGAGGCAUUUGACGAGCUAAUUCUAAUGAAAAGGGGAGGUGAACUAAUCUAUUCUGGACCACUUGGUCAGCAUUCAAGCAAAGUAAUCGAAUAUUUUGAGCGUAUUUCUGGAGUUCCAAAAAUCAGAGAUAAUUAUAACCCGGCAACAUGGAUGCUGGAAGUGACCUCUUCAUCUGUUGAGGCACAAUUCGGCAUAGACUUCGCGCAGAUAUAUAGAGAAUCAAAUCUGUACAAUGACAACAAAGAACUGGUUAAACAGUUGAGUAUGCCACCACCAGGUUCAAAAGAUUUGCAUUUUCCGACACGGUUUCCCCAAAACAGCUGGGGACAAUUCAAAGCUUGUCUAUGGAAGCAAUACUUGUCCUACUGGAGAAGUCCUUCCUAUAAUUUGGUUCGAACCACAUAUAUGUUCUUUGCAUCAGUGGUAUUUGCAGUGUUGUUUUGGAAACAUGGAAAAACUCUGGAUAACCAGCAAAAUUUAUUCAACAUGCUUGGCUCGAUGUAUGCAUCAACAAUCUUCACCGGUAUAAACAACUGCUCAUCAGUCAUACCGUUUGUAAUAACUGAGCGCGCUGUUCUUUACAGAGAAAAAUUUGCCGGAAUGUAUUCUUCAUGGGCAUAUUCACUUGCUCAGGUCAUCAUUGAGAUACCUUAUGUUUUCAUCCAAGUACUAAUCUUCAUGAUAAUCGCAUACCCGGCAAUUGGCUACUAUUGGUCAGCUAGCAAAUUCUUAUGGUUCUUUUACACCAUGUUUUGCUCAUUGCUCAGCUUUAUCUAUCUGGGAAUGCUUCUUGUUUCAUUGACCCCAAAUGUUCAAGUGGCUUCCAUUAUGUCAUCCUUCUUCUACCAAAACCUCAAUCUAUUCUCCGGCUUCCUAAUACCCGGGCCGCAUAUUCCAAAGUGGUGGAUUUGGUUUUACUACAUCAUGCCAAUGUCUUGGACAUUGAAUGGUCUCUUUACUUCUCAGUAUGGAGACAUUGAAAAAAAGAUCACAGUGUUUGGAGAGACCAAACCAGUUGCCCAGUUUCUGAGAGAUUACUUUGGAUUUCACCAUGAUAGGCUUGGUUUGGUUGCUGCUAUGCUUAUGGUUUUCCCUCUUUUGUAUGCUUUACUUUUUGCUUAUUUUAUUGGCAAGUUGAAUUUUCAGAGGAGGUGA